UGUGUGCUGACGCUGCUGUCAGCUGGUUGAGAUAAACACUGCUGGAGGGAGGAGCGUCAGCAUGGAGCUUCAGAAGUACGCUGGCAGUAUACUGCUGCCUGACACUGACGUCGUCUUCAGGAACAUCAAGAAUGCUAAACGCUUCGCCAUCGAUAUUGGUGGAUCGUUGACCAAAAUUGCCUACUACUCUACAGUCUCUCACAGGAAAGUCUUGUAUAAUGCAGAAAAAGAUAGUGCUGCCUCAGUUGAUGGUAAGGAUUACCAGUAUGAGAGCUCAGAGACAGAACGGUUGCACUUUGUCAAAUUUGAAACAAAGUAUAUUGAACACUGCUUAGAUUUUAUACGAAACCACCUGGUCUUCAGUAAGGAAUCUAUGGCAGGAAAGAGUAUAAAAGCAACUGGUGGUGGAGCUUAUAAGUAUGCAGAGUUGAUUCAACAAAAACUAGGACUAACGGUGGAAAAGGAAGAUGAGAUUGGCAGCCUAAUUAAGGGAUGCAACUUUUUGCUGCGAAACAUUCCUGAUGAGCAAUUCUCAUACAGCAGACACGAAGACCCAGAAUACCGCUUUAUUAACACUGAACCUCAUAUUUUCCCAUAUCUUUUGGUCAAUAUUGGUUCUGGUGUUAGCAUUAUGAAAGUUGAAGCAGAUGAUAAAUAUGAUCGAAUUGGUGGUACCAGUAUGGGUGGUGGAACAUUUUGGGGACUUGGGUCACUGUUGACCAAGGCAAAAGGAUUUGAUGAGCUUCUGCAGCUGGCCAGUGAAGGAGACCAUCGCAAUGUUGACCUUCUUGUCAAGGAUAUAUAUGGAGGUGACUACAGUGCCUUGGGUUUAACUGGAGGAAUAAUAGCCUCAAGUUUUGGCAAAGCUAUGCAUCAUGGCCACACCAAAAAUGAUGAUAGUCCAGAUGAUAAGUGCAUGAAAUGUCACCUGGCCAGGCACUCAAGAGGUUUCUCAGAAGCAGACAUUGCAAGAAGUCUUUUAUUUACUGUCAGCAAUGACAUUGGGCAAAUUGCUUCUCUUUACGCUAUGCUCCACGGCUUGAAGAGGGUAUACUUUGGAGGUUACUUCCUACGUAACCACCCAGUUAGCAUGCACACUAUAAGCUUUGCUAUCAACUACUGGAGCCGUGGAGCAGUGCAGGCGCUCUUUUUACGACAUGAAGGAUACUUGGGAGCUAUUGGAGCAUUUCUUAGAGGUGCAGAAGAAUGUGAUACUGAGAAAUAUUCAUGGGGAGAGAACUAUGCAGGAUCUUCUGGCCUUCAGUCUCCCUUGCCUCAUCCUCCUGUGGGUGGGUGGCCUGGGGGAACCAUUGAUCAGCUUGAGAUCGACCGCUGUGAUCAGCAGCUGACUUUCUUUCCUUUACUGGCUCACCCAGAGGAGUAUGUCCCUGAUGCUGUGGAUCUAACUAAGGAUAAAGAAGCUAGAGACUAUUGGCUCUCCUGCUUUGAAAGUUCAUUGGGAAGUUUUGUGAAUCGUGCCAUCAGCUCCCAGCCAAAUAGUCCAGACAGUAAAGAAAGGGCCAAUAAAUUCCGUGAUAAAUACCUGCAGCGACUCCACAACCUCAAAAACCAUCCAUUUGCAUAUGGUAAUUUGACAGUGCGAAGUUUACUAGAUAUGCGGGAACACUGUCUCAAUGAAUUUGACUUUCCUGAUCCUUACCUGCAGCAGAAAAAGUUGGAAAAUGAAAAUGCCUUAAAACUUCUGAAGAACCACCUGGACUUCUUAGAUGGACUAGACUAUAAUAAACGUCAGGAGACUUUAAUACAUGGAGUUCUAGCUGGCAAUGUGUUUGACUGGGGUGCUAAAGAAGUAGUAGAGCUGAUGGAGAAGGGGCUGGGAUUCAAGGAAGCUGCAGAUAAACUUCAAGUUCGACCAUGGCUGCAUGAUGAUCUAGAUGCCUGGAUAAAUAGACAGCAGCAGUCUCCCUAUAGGUGUGCAGUUAUAUUUUUGGACAAUUCUGGUUGUGAUGUUGUCCUUGGCAUUAUACCAUUUGUUCGAGAGUUGCUUCUCCGAGGAACCAGAGUUGUGUUGUGUGCUAACAGCAAGCCAGCUCUGAAUGAUGUGACUGCUGAGGAGCUUACUAUGCUUAUGAAGCAAGUGACUGGUGUCUGCCCCAUUAUUAGUAAGCACUUAGAGAAUUAUACUCUAUGUAUACGAGAGUCUGGUCAAGCCUCACCAUGCCUCGAUCUUAGUCGUCUUCCACUUUCACUAGUGGAUGAAAUAGUGCAGUGGGGCUGUGACCUUGUUGUUAUGGAGGGAAUGGGGCGAGCUAUCCACACAAAUUUGCUCACUCCACUCACUUGUGAUUCUCUCAAGCUUGCUGUCAUCAAAAACAGGUGGCUGGCCCACAGACUUGGUGGUGACAUGUUUUCUGUAAUGUGUAAGUAUGAAACAGGAAGCAAAAAAGUCAGUGGAGAGUUCAGUAUAACAAACAGUGUAUCCACAGCUGCAUCAUAGGAACAUUUUUCUUGAAGUUGGAGGUCGUGAUAUAAACUGUAAAACACAUUAAAGUAUAACAAUGUA